CCUGCACGGUGGCUAUUCGGCAUCUCGGUCCUUUGGAGACAAAGGACAUGGCAGGACUCAGCCCGGCUCAGGUCCACAAGUUUCAGGAAGAUGGCUUCCUCGUCCUGGAAGGGGUCUUUUGUCCUGAGGAGUGUGACAGGCUCAGGGCGCGGAUCUCGGAGAUGGUGGCGGGAAUGGAAGUCCCGAACCACUGCCGGACAGAAUUCUCCACGGACGAAGAGGAGCAGCUCCGGGCAGAGGGAAGUUCAGAAUAUUUCCUGACCAGUGGCGACAAAAUCAGAUUCUUCUUUGAGAAAGACGUGUUUGACAAGGAUGGCAACUUUAAGGUCCCCCAGGACAAGUCCAUCAACAAGAUCGGUCAUGCUCUGCAUGCCCAUGAUCCCAUCUUCAAGAAGAUCACCCACUCCCCCAAAGUCCAGGAGAUGGUCAGGAGCCUGGGGUUUGAGGAGCCUGUGGUGGUCCAGAGCAUGUACAUUUUCAAGCAACCAAAAGUUGGUGGCGAAGUGAUGCCACACCAGGAUGCCACCUUCCUCUACACGGAGCCACUGGGCCGCGUGAUGGGGGUCUGGAUUGCGCUGGAGGAUGCCACCCCGGAGAACGGCUGCCUCUUCUUCAUUCCGGGAUCCCACAAGAGUGGCAUCUCCCGGAGGAUGGUGCGGGCUCCUCCAGGUUCCGUGCCCUUUACCAGUUUCAUCGGCUCUGAGCCAGUUUACCAAGACAGCAGCUUUAUCGCCGCCCCCAUCCGGAAAGGUGGCCUCGUCCUGAUCCACGGCGAAGUUGUGCACAAGAGUGAGCUCAACCGCUCCUUGAACUCCCGCCACGCCUACACUUUCCAUCUCAUGGAGUCUAAGGGCACCAGCUGGAGUCAGGACAACUGGCUGCAGCCCACCCCUGAGUUGCCAUUCCCAGCGCUCUACAGCUAAGGCUCGGUGGCAGGACACGCUCCUCCUCCACCCGCCCGCCAGGAAAAGAGAGGGAUCCCUGGCCAGCCGGGCUGCGAGGCUCUCCGCUCCACCUUCUUUCUCUCCAACAUGCCUCCUCCCCCUCCACUCUUUCAUCUCCUAUUCUCCCCCUGCUUUCUGCCCAUUCCUCCUCCCCAUUAUCCCCUCACUCUCCUGGAAUUGUGACCCAUCAAGCCAGGGCUUGGCCUGGCCCAGGGAAGCCUGAAAUUCCCCCACCACCUCUGUUAAUAAA